AUGUCUAAGAAAAAACAAUCUGUUAAAUUGCCAUUUCAGAUUCGCAUCCGCAUUCAUGGAGCGCGUCAAUUACCCGGAGGAAAUAUUUCACCACUCUGCAAAGUGCUAUGCUGGAAUCAGACACAAAUAACAGCGGUCAGGCAUUCUACUAACACACCCUUCUGGGGAAAGACCUUUUUCUUUAACUUCCACAAAUCGCCUGCUGAGUUGUUUCAACACAGUAUUGUUUUCGGAGUGCACAAUUCGCGGAAGCUCCGGUCCGAUGCUUUUAUUGGCAGCUUCGAGUUGAGCAUUGCAGCCGUUUACGAAAGUCCCAAUCAUGCCAUUAUGCACAAAUGGCUUCUUCUUGGUGAACCCGAGGACCCUCAGGCCGGCUCAAAGGGCUAUCUGAAGGUUGCCUUGGUCAUCUUGGGCCCCGGUGAUGAAGCGCCGGAUCUCAAGGCAAAAGAAGAUUCGGACGAUGAAGAUAUCGAGGCAAAUAUUCUACGACCUGCUGGUUUGCAACUCCGGCCAGCAUUAAUGAAGUUCUUGUUAUAUACCGGAGAGGAUUAUCCAAGAAUGGACAGCAAUGCGUUCUCGGGUGUAAAGAAACUCUUCAAAGGUGGAAAGGAUGAUAAAGACUUUGUUGACCCCUUCGCCUUGGUGAAAUCAUCAACAAAAGAAGGUACUGAUCACCCAGAAUGGUACGAAGAACUGAAACUUGGUGUCCAGUUUCCAUCCAUGUGUGACAAGCUGGCAAUAACUGUCUACGAUUGGGAUCGUUUGAGCAAAAACGAUGCAAUCGCAACUGCAUUCAUCAAGAUCGCCGACAUCUCUGCCUUGAGAGAUGGCGAUGAUGGUUUUCUACCAACUUUCGGUCCAUCCUUCAUCAACCUAUACGGGUCACCGCGUGAAUUUAGCGAUGGGCUCGAUAAAUUUGACGCUUUGAAUUUGGCCAAAGGAGAAGGAUGUGCCUACAGAGGCCGUGUGCUUUGCGAGGUCCAAACAGAGCUUCUGGACGAAAUGCAACAAUCUGGAGUCAAUCCAAUACCCGAGGACAUGAAAGUUCACGUCACUAAAUACAUGCGGCGACGAAAGUACGUACUUCACGCCGCCUUCUUCCAUGCCAAUAUGAUCAGCAUCGAUGACGCACCAAUUGAAUUUGAGGUCAGCAUUGGCAACUACGGUAACAACCUUGAUGAGACAGUACCACCCUGCGCAUCGACCACUCCGCCUACCAACGCAGUGUUCGAUGGCUGCUACUACAACUUCUUGCCCUGGAGUGACACCAAGCCGUGUACCGCUGUAGAGUGCCAAUGGGAGGAUAUCUCCUAUCGUCUCUAUGCUGUCAACAUGAUAACUCGAAUCGCUGAUAACUUGGAAUAUGGCCUCGAAAAUAUCGAAGUGAGCAUGAAAGUCGACCUCGCAGAAGAAGACCUGGCAAGCACGGUCAUUGCAACCCUCGACCAGUUCAUAAUGGACUGCCAAACUCCACUGCCCGAGUGGACGGAGGGUUGUACUCCAGUAAAUAACCUGGACCAGAAGCUAAUGAAAUUACGUCAUGACGAUCUGGAGCAACUCAAGACCCAGGCUGUCAAACUUCGUGAAGAAGCUACGAGUGCUGAAGAUGUUGUUAAAGAACUAAAGGUUUACCUUGAAACUUUGCGCAAAAUCUUUGUUGAGCCACAAAACAGCAUGCCAGAUGUUGUUAUAUGGAUGAUUGCUUCUGAGAAAAGAAUCGCCUACUUCCGCAUACCGGCAUAUGAUUUGCUCUUCUCCGAAAAUCAAAUGUAUCGUGGUCGUUAUUGUGGUGAGGUCCGGACUAUAAUGCUAAAGCCUCCAUCUUUGGAUAAAGAUGAUAUGUCUGAUAAGUGGAAGGUGCCUGCCCAAGUACGUUUGAGUUUGUGGCUCGGUUUGGAAAAGGAGCAGACUGACUGGGCCGGCCGAGAAGACGAUGGGCUGCUAACCGUUGUGGCGGAAACAUACGAGAACGAAGCCCAAAUAGUAGGUAAGUGGUCUUCGCGUCGACCACCACUAACUCGCCCCAACUUCACGGACUGCACUGGACACCUCGAAACCCCGAAAGAGAACUUCAUUCCGCCUGUUGGCUGGAAGUGGGAAGGUGAUUGGUAUAUUAGCCCCGAGUUCUCACUCAUGUUUAAGAAGGAUACCGGGGCAACAAGCUUCUUGGAAGAUGUGUUCUAUAAUGAAAAGCGCACCCCAAUCUCCGGUUGGGAGAAAGCACCACUAGCGUAUACGGACGCCCAAGGCUACGAAAAGUCGGGUCCAGAUGAGAUUGAACUCCCGAGUGGAUGGGUUUGGGAGGACGAUGCCUGGAAGGUUGACUUCAAUAGGCCCUGUGACGAGGAAGGUUGGGAGUAUUCUGUGGACCACUCAAUCGGCAGCUACGUGGCCGUGGAAAAGGUCUUUCACAUGAGCCGAAGACGCCGUUUAAUCCGCCGCCGAAAGGUUCAGGAUAUCACUAAGAAUGUCAAAGAAGAUAUUGUAGCCAAGAUGAUGGAAAAGAAAAUGGAGUCAAUGACACCUGCCGCAGGGGAAGGCUGGGAAUACGCAUUCAGUUUCAGCAAACGAUUUCACACUCCGAAGAAGGGUACUGACAAUGUGCGGCGGCGUCGGUGGCACCGAAAACUUGUUUCUGACAGUCCCAACUCUAUUGUGCCAGGACUCUUUCAACUUCCACCACAAAGUGACGAGCAAACUAAUAUGACAAGUCCACGUCUGUAUAUCAAAUACGAAGCUAAGCAAACGUGGCAGCUAAAUGCCUAUAUUUUUCAAGCUCGUGGUCUCUUGGCAGCUGACCAAUCAGGUUUGUCUGACCCCUAUGCCCGUGUCUGCUUCAUUAACCAAUCGCAAAAGACAGAACGUCUGGAGAAGACUCUCAGUCCUCAGUGGGAUCAGACACUUAUUUUUGAAAAUGUUGUUAUCUACGGUAAUCCUAACGUCAUUGUGGACUCGCCUCCACGCGUGACAAUUGAACUUUUUGACUGGGACCAAAUUGGCACGGAUAGUUUCCUUGGUUGCUGCAGUCUGACGCCUGAAGUUGUCACUGAUCCUGCUGAAUUCAAAAAAGUUAUGCUUCAAUGGUAUCCCAUCAAGAAACAAGGCAGAGAUGGCGGCGAGCUUCUUGCUGCGUUCGAAUUGAUGUUGCUUAAUGGAACUGCUCCACCAUCCCCGCCUAAUCUUAAACCUGGCACCGAAAUCUACGAGGUUCCUGAGGGAAUCCGUCCCGAACUUCAAAGGAUGGGUAUUGAGGUGCUUUGCUGGGGUGUUCGUAACAUGUCCAAAUAUCAGUUGGCUGCAGUUAACUCACCUUCGGUGGAGAUUGAGGUCGGUGGAACAGUGCUCAGUUCAGAUGUCAUUACCAACUUAAAGAGGACACCAAACUUUAAGAAAUCACUCAUGUUUCACGUGGCUAAGCUCCCCAAGGAGACCCUUUACAUGCCGCCGAUCAACAUUGGCGUGCGUGACAACCGGCCGUUUGGUCGUAAACCGCUAGUUGGAACGCAUGUUAUUUCCGACAUUUCAGGCUUCAAAGUGCCUCCAUUAAUGCAACCAUUUGAUCCCCUCGAAGCUAUUCCAGAACUCGAACGGGCUGGUUCACCACCUCUUAUCCAUGAGCAAGAUAUGGACAAGCCGUACGAGCCGGAGAAGAAGGCUCUCUGUGCUACCGUUCCUGCUCAGCCCUAUGUGGAUCCAAAGAAAAAGUGGAAGUUUCUUUCUUUUCGAAAGAGACAACUUCAGGAGUCAAGAGCCAGCAUUCGGCGUUCUGAUCGCAUAGAUGGCGCAGGAACGUCCAUCACCGAGGAUGCAUUCGCGUACUUACGCGAACAGACUGGCGAAAUGGAUAUGGAACAGUUGGAUCCUAACAUUGAUUGGUACUCUAAAUACUACGCCUCCAAGGGUGAAUUCAAGAAAUGUACUGAUUACAAAGAGCGUGGCUACGACCUACUUAAGUACUUACCUCAUCCAGUGGAAGAUAGUGAGGGCUUCUACCACUUCGAGGACUUUUGUCCAACAUUUCACCUGUACCGAGGAAAGUCAAAGGAUUCUGAGGAAGAUGAUGAAGAAAACUUUGCCGGUGACUUCAAGGGAACCUUCCGUAUUUAUUGUCUACCCGAAGAUCCAAAUGCUGCGAUGCCGUUAAAAUACCUUGAAAACGAGGUUCCAGACUCAGCCCCUGUCGAAUGCAUUGUUCGUGUCUACGUUAUCAAAGCUAUUGAUUUGCAGCCGAGCGAUCCGUCCGGUUUGGCUGAUCCCUAUGUUGAAAUUAGACUGGGAAAACAGAAGGUCAGCUCCAAGGAUAAUUACAUCCCCAAUAACCUAAAUCCCGAAUUUGGCAGAAUGUUCCAACUGAAGGCUUUCAUUCCGAUUGAGAAGGAUUUGAUUAUCAAGAUCGUUGAUUACGAUUUGAUGACUCGCGAUGAUGUUAUCGGAGAGACUGUCAUCGAUUUGGAGAAUCGACUGCUUACUAGAUUCCGCGCUACAUGUGGCAUUCCACAGACCUACAAUUUGACAGGCUUAAACCAGUGGCGUGAUAAUCAGCUGCCCUCAGAAAUCCUCGCUACAUUCUGCAAAAAAAACUCUCUUCCAGAACCAAACUACUCCAUUGAGGGAAAUGGUAUUGUCACCUGUCAUAUCGGAGAGCACUUCUUUAACAUUAACGCGUUUGAAAAAGGCAUGAUUCCUAGCCCACAUUGGGGGCCUCCCAAGGAACGUCUUGCUCUCCAUAUCUUGAAUGCUCUCCCGCUGGUUAAAGAACACGUAGAAACAAGGGUGCUUCAGAACCCUAUUCAACCUGGAAUGGAUCAGGGCAAACUUGAACUAUGGGUGGAUAUAUUUCCUUUGAAUCUGGGUCAGCCCGGACCUUGCUUCGACAUUACUCCACGUCGUCCGAAAGAAUACGAGCUACGAGUUAUUGUUUGGAAUACAUACGACGUCAAACUUGAUGAAACGUCGAUCACUGGCGAACGUAUGUCUGAUAUCUACGUAAAAGGUUGGCUAAUGGGAGUCGAUGAACGCGAGCAUACAGAUGUUCACUACCGUUCGCUCGACGGUGAAGGCAACUUUAAUUGGCGUCUCAUCUUUCCAUUCGGGUUCAUACCAGCCGAAAAUGAAUUAGUUGUCUCGAAGAAGGAGCACUUUUGGUCUCUUGAUAAGACCGAAAAGAGAUUCCCGGCAGUCCUCUGUAUGCAGGUAUGGGACAAUGAUUUAUUCUCACCCGACGACUAUUUGGGCACGAUGGAACUACCUCUAACACACAUGCCACAACCAGUUAAGAAACUCAAGGAGUGCACCCUUGAUAUAAUGAAUACAAGCAGUCCAAAGAAUAAAAUGAUCAAUCUGUUUGAGAGCAAACGUGCUAGCGGUUUCUGGCCAUUCGCUGACCAGCCUGGGCCGGAUGGACAGCUCACGGGUAAACUUGAAGCAGAAAUAGAGCUCCUAACCAAAGAAGAAGCACUUGAAAGACCUGCAGGAAAAGGACAGGAUGAACCGAAUGCUAAUCCGCACUUGGAUAAACCCAAGCGUCCGGAAACUUCUUUCUUCUGGUUCACCUCACCCUUCAAGACAUGCAAAUUCAUUAUUUGCAAAAGAUUUAAAUGCAUCCUCAUUACGAUCAUUUGCGUCUUCCUCGCCGUCCUCCUUAUUGCGCUCUUUAUCUACGCUAUCCCGGUAACAACUUCUGGCAAGGAAAAUGGUUGGCGUGUAACUGUCCUUGUGAUGGUGGUGACUUGCAAAACUCACCUACUUUUCAGACGUUCCAGCACUCUCAUUGUGCCUUCAUAG